AAUCUAUGAUUGAUUUCCAUUUUCUUAUGCUCAGGGAAUGAAUUGUGUGGGAGUGGAGUUGGAACAAGAAUUUCAGCAGAACAGUAUGCUUCUGAUACAAUUGUUUUUCAGAAGAUGGUCCAAAGCAUCUACAACGGUGUCCAAACUAAGCCAUUAACCAUAGCACCAGGAGGAUUCUUUGAUGAAAAUUGGUUCAAAGAAUUCGUUGAUAAAACUACCCCAACACUGGAUGCUGUCACACACCAUAUAUACAAUCUAGGAGCAGGAGUCGACGAGCAUCUUAUCGAAAGGAUUCUUAACCCGUCCUAUCUCAAUGGCAUGGUCGAUACGUUUUACAAGCUUCAUGAGGUCCUUAGAAACUCACGAAGUUCAGCUAAAGCAUGGGUUGGGGAAGCAGGAGGGGCUUACAGCAGUGGGCAUAAUCUGGUCUCUAAUGCAUUCGUCUCGAGUUUCUGGUACUUGGACCAGCUCGGUAUGGCCGCCACUUUUGAUACGAAAACAUACUGCAGACAGACGUUGGUUGGUGGAAACUAUGGUUUACUGAACACGACAACCUUUGAACCGAAUCCAGAUUAUUACAGUGCACUCCUAUGGCAUC